CGCGUGCGCGUCGGAGCCGGAGUCGCUGGAGGAGGCCGCAGAGGGGGCGGGUCGCGUCGGGCGCCACGUACGCAGCCAGAGGCCGCAGGCACCGCCGCUGCUGCCGCCGCCUCCGCCAACGGAGUCUCUUCACUCUGCAGCUUGCGGAGGCGCGCCGGAGCUCGCAACUGCCCGGGGCUGCCUCAGUCGCCGUUGCCGCCCCAGGCUACUUCAGCUCUCCUCUGUGCUGCCCGUUCCCUCCGCCCGGCGCCCGGCCCCCGGCCCCGGCGGUGAGAGAUCAUGAAUCAGGCAGAUAAAAACCAACAAGAAAUGCCGUCAUACCUUAGUGAUGAACCACCAGAAGGUUCAAUGAAAGAUCACCCACAGCAGCAACCAGGCAUGCUGUCUCGUGUGACUGGGGGUAUCUUCAGUGUUACAAAGGGAGCUGUUGGUGCCACCAUUGGUGGUGUGGCUUGGAUUGGUGGAAAGAGUCUGGAGGUGACCAAAACAGCUGUUACAACUGUGCCUUCCCUGGGAAUAGGGCUGGUGAAAGGGGGAAUGUCUGCUGUGGCUGGAGGUGUUACAGCUGUUGGGUCUGCUGUUGUAAACAAAGUGCCCUUAACAGGAAAGAAAAAGGACAAAUCUGACUAAAAUAUGGAGAUACACUUGAUCUCCACAGCAUUAUGAUGCCAGUGGCAUUGAAUUGCUAAAUUAUGGACUACAACCAAGUCACCUAUUUUGGAUGUUUAUCUUCUAAUCUGCUGUGUUGAAAGUAUUGAUGACUGGCUUUCGUCUAAACAGAAGAGACCAAUACUAGCACAGUAUAUGAAGGUUUCUCAUACUUAAAUUCCAGCUUCUUAUCUGGUAAAAUGUUAUUCAGUUCUAACUGAAGAUAUGAUAUGUUUGAAUAAUUACUAUAAGUCUGUUUCAGUUUGACUAAAAAUGUGAACGUUGAAUUUAGUGGAUGAUCUUUAUAGUUCCAUAUGUAUGAUGUGCCAGGUAACUCAUAUGCCCCUUAAGAAGGGAACCUUGAACUACAUAAACUGUACCUUUGAUGUGCCUGAUAGUUUCAGAUGUCUUAGUUUUUUAUAACCAUAGUUGAUUAGGCCAAGAGGCUUUUUUUUUUUUUUUAAUUUAAGCUGGUAAAAGUAGCAGGAGCUAGAAAGGUUUAAAAGAAAAGAUAAAUGGUUUUAUGAUACCGAGUGUUAAUCUUUUGUUAGAUAUACAUUCUAUUCAUGUAAUCAUUGAUGCCUUACAAAAGAACACAUCUUUUCUAACACCCUAAAUAUGUGCAAUUCUUAGAAUUAUCUAUGGAUUCUUUUAAAGAUUCUCUGAAAUAAAUUUUCCCUCUUUAGAUAAUCUCAGGCAUGGUUGGGGUAAAGGCAUUUCUUGCUGUCAGCAGGUAGGAUAGCACUUCUUAACUGCUGUAGUUAUAAUCAAAUUGUACUCUUCAGUCAAAUUGUACUCUUCAGCCUGGUUUCAUGCUCCUUACAGUGCCUAAGGAACAUUUCUUUGUUCAUCGGUUAUGCUGGAAGAGUUUCAUAUUGAGGAACAAAUAUUUAAUAAAUAAUUUUAAGUUCUUAAGAAUUACUGAACACAUCUAAGAUAAAAAAAAAAAAACAGAUCCUUCACACCUAUUUUAUCUCAAGAAUGGUUUAAAUUAUUUGCUUUAUCCUUUUUUAAAAACAUGAUAAAAGCAACCACAAAAUAUGUGAGGAUUGUUUUAAAUUUAAUUAAAUGAGCUCAAAAGGUUUAUAAGGGCUUUUAAAAUGUAAGUUAUCUUACAGUUCUUAAAAGCAGCUGUAGACUUUGUACCAUCUUUUCAAGUCAAUUUCAGACAGGGAAUUGAAAUCUCUCAUUAUGGAUGACAAAUGUGUCAUAUCUUAACAUGUCUCAUCAUGUCCCAUUCAUUCUCAGUACGGCUUAGCUGGAAUUCAUUUUUUUUGCUUUUUUUUCAUAAAUAUUUAACAACUGGCAUAUUUCUAUUUGGUAUUCCUCUUCACAAAGUGUUAAAAAUCGAGCCUGAAAAACCUCAGGAGUUUUCAUUUGGAAAUUUGCCUUCAUUACAGAGGUGGGUUUUUCAAUAGGGGAGGGAGUGAGAGGGGGUGAUAUCAUACAGUAAAUAAGUCAAAACAGUAUCCCGGAGAACUUGAAACAGAUCCCUCCAACACCUGAAGCAUAAAUGUUUGUAAACCACUAAGGGAUUUACAUUAAUAAUUUGGAUCAACAAAUAGAUAAUAUAACUUAUUGUGAAAAGCUCCAUAAAUAUGAACAAGGAUUUUAAAGAAAUCUGCAAAGGUUUUGAAUCUUCCUACUGUGUUCAAAACUGAAAAGUCAUUAAGGAGUUUGUCCAUUUCAUUAGGAAUUAAAUGAUCAUUUGUUUCAUAUAGUAUGGUUUAAGGUAUUCAUUGAUAUAUCUGGUCAAAUGCCACCAUUAGCAAAAAGGAUUAAAAAAAAAAAACCCAAACAAUAGAUGAACACUAAUAGUGGUAUGGAGAACUUGAUUCCUGCUAUUUGGAAGAGAUUAUUGCUUCACUGCUAGUUUAUAUUUCUAAUUUAUCUUCUACAGUCAUAGGCUCUGCUGUGCUCUGUACCUGAAUUUCUAAGUGUAGACUUUAGUUUACUGUUUGCUUACAUAUUUAUUUUCAACUUUGCUUGUCUUUAAAAUUGCCUGAGUAAAAAUGGUUGUAAUUAAUUUCUGCUGCAGAAAAACCACCUGUUAUAUUUUAUCUCAUCAAGUUCAUUUUGAAUUCUAAACUAAACUAUACCUUUGUUCAGGAGGGGCUUUUGCAAUGAUUGCAGAGUACUGUACAAAUGUAUGGUUAACUAUAGAAGUUCCUAUUGAAAUGAACUUGCCAUUUGAUAUGUACAGCUGCACACUCGAGUCUUCUGGUUUAUUUACGCAGACUAGCAAUUUGACCUGUUAAACAGGACUAAUUCACUUCAAGAAACUAAGGUUGUUGUAUAUACCUGGAGGCAUUUGUUAUUCAGCAUAUUUUGAGUAGGUAUUUGGCACAGUGAGGAUACACUUGUGUGACCCACCUGAAUGACUGAUCUAAUAAUGUUGACAUUCUGAAUCCUGUACUUAGUGAAAUGUCAGAUGAAAAUAACUGAUGAUUGAAUAAACUUUUUGUAUUAAGGGAAUGGGAAAAGAACCCAUGAAUCUGUUACAAAGCAGUAUGAUCUGCAAAAGAUGAAAUGUUUCUUUAAGAUCUAAGGAAAUAAAGGAAAUUUUAAAACAG